AUGGCCAGCCUGCAGUUGAAGGUGAGGAAGAGAAGUCUCUGCAUCCCGAACCAGAUCUUGCAAGGUUUGAAUCUUGGUCUCGCCGGAUUAGAAUUGACAACAGGGAUUAGUGCACGUCCAGCAGCAACUACUGCUCCAGACCAUGACACAUGGUUAGGAGGGAGGAGGCACCAGUUGAGUGAUGAGCCGCUCGCCCGGCCAGGAAAGCACACUGAGUACUCAGAGAUUAUGGAGAAGAUUGACCGCGAUGUAAAGUGCACCACCCUGACAUGCAUUUCUUCUGUACAAAUGCCAAUAGCUGUCUCUUCCACCAAGCUGGCGUGGAGGGAGGGAGGGCUAGGUGAGCACCCCUUAAGCUUUGUAAACCCUCUAAUGCAAACAGGGUUCCAUGUGCAGCAACCUCGCUGUCAGUGUGCUCACUGGGAGUAUAAAGCUAGGCCCUUGACAGAAGCUGAACUCAAGUCUGCUGCUCCGAAUUAUCCUCUCAUCGGUAAACCAGCAGUGGUGACAAAUGAUCCCAGGAAACAUGACCUCAAGUGCAGUGGUAUCGUGUUGGGGAGCCGACGGUUGUUGCCUGUGCAAGAUAAGGGAGAUAGAAAAUCAUGGAAGAGAAGAGAAGAUGUGAGAGAGUGA